AUGUUACACGUGGGCGUGGGGAUAAAAGAAAUUAAUAUUAAACAGUUUUACGGCUUCACGUACGUGAUACAUUAUUACGUAGAUCGUACAUUGUAUCUUGCUCUGAAAAUUUGAAAGGCAAAUAAGGGUUAAAGGAAGGAGUACAAAAACUAUUUUUCAAGAUAGUAUUAACCAACAGCUAUCACGCGAUAUUGCUAAACCUAGAUAAACAGUGAUUGUGAUGCAAGUUUUAUGAAAUUCUAUAAAUUGAAUAGCAUGUCUAACAAUUUAAAUAGUUUCAGUGAAACUACGACAAGUUAUAAGUCAAUAUUAUAAUAGUGCUAGUUCAUUAAUGAAACAAAAUUACUAUUCAAUAAUAAAAUAAUCAGGUGAUCCUGUCAACCUAAAAUUUGAUCAUUAAAAAUUAGACAAUUUCUUAACAAAUUUCCUUAUGAAAAAAUUAAUUGUUGUUUGAAAUGGCGUCUCCAGUCAAGGAAUUAGAUAUUAUAUUAAAAAGAACUGUAAAUGACUCGAAGAACAGUAAUGAGUCCUCAAACUUAUAAAAAUCAUAUUACAACAGAAGCUAUGGCAUCUAAUGGUUAUACUGAUUCUGAGACUCCAGUCAAGGAGUCCAAAAACCAUUCAUCACCUUGUGAGUUAUUCAAGUCAAUGCCAUGGUUUGGUAUGGAUAUAGGAGGUACAUUAUCCAAAUUGGUAUAUUUUGAACCUAAAGAUAUUACAAGAGAUGAAGCAGAUGCAGAAGUUGAGACUUUAAAAAAUAUUCGACGAUAUCUAACUAAAAAUUCAGCAUAUGGGAAAACAGGUCAUAGAGACACACACUUACAAAUGGAUAAUGUUUGUAUCAGAGGUAGACAUGGUACAUUACAUUUUAUUAGAUUUCCUACAAGUGAGAUGGGAAAUUUCUUAGCGUUAGCAAGGUCUAAAGGCAUGGCAAAUCUUGUCACAACAGUUUGUGCUACUGGUGGUGGAGCAUAUAAAUUUGAAAAAAAUUUUAAACAAGAAGUAAAUAUGAAUUUAGCAAAAUUUGAUGAAUUAGAUAGUUUAAUACGUGGUAUGCUCUACAUAGAAACAACAAAUCCACACGAAUGUUAUUACUGGUCACACCCUACGGAUGAUAGUAAAUGUCAGAAGGUUCCCUAUGACUUUUCUGAGCCCUACCCGUUUUUGCUUGUAAAUAUAGGGUCAGGAGUAAGCAUAUUAGCAGUUUAUGGGCCAGAAAAUUAUAAAAGAAUAUCUGGUACUAGUUUAGGUGGUGGCACAUUUUUAGGAUUAUGUUGUUUACUAACUGGAUGCAACACUUUCGAAGAGGCAAUAGAAUUAGCAACUGGAGGUGAUAAUACUAGAGUAGAUAAAUUAGUUAAGGAUAUUUAUGGUGGGGAUUAUGGUCCAUUUGGUCUUCCUGGUGAUCUUGUUGCAAGCAGUUUUGGACAGAUGAAUUCUAAAGAUCGACGGAAUGCAGUUAGCAAACAAGAUCUCGCACGCGCAACACUUGUUACCAUUACAAACAAUAUUGGUUCUAUCGCGCGUAUGUGUGCCGUCAAUGAAAAAAUUGAAAGGGUAGUAUUUGUAGGAAAUUUUCUUAGAGUAAAUCCUAUAUCAAUGAAACUUCUGGCCUACGCUAUGGAUUAUUGGUCUAAAGGAACGAUGAAAGCUUUGUUUUUAGAGCAUGAGGGUUAUUUUGGUGCAGUAGGAUGCCUACUUCAAUUUAAGGGUGAAGCAAACUAAUAUUAUAGAAAGACGGAUAAUAUAUAUAGCAUUCCAUUUGAUAUUCUAACUCAAAUGAAUCUUUUCAUGAGGGUGGUUAUGUAAUUAUUUAAUAUAAUUAUUUAUUUUUAUUAUGUAAUAUCAACAUUCUCAGGUAGUAUUGUAUAUGUUGUAUAUGCAAUGUUACAUCAAAUUUUAAUAAUGGUAUAAACUUAAGGUCAGGAUUGUAUUAUCUUGAAAUGUGACUAUAUUUAUUAAUGAAUGAGCACAGUAUAAUUAUACACAAUAUAAUCAUUUUAAAACGCGUUACAUGAUUAUUACAUAAAGACCUAAUGUGGGCACAAACCUUGCACGAGUUUGUAUAAGAAGAUUCAAUGGACCAAAACGCAUACAAUUUACCACGCAAUAUUCUUUGUAUAAGUAAAAUGAGUCUACCUCAUAUUUUACUUUCUAAAUGUUUAUGUAAAUACAUAUAUACCCAAAUUCUUACAAACAC